GCGACAGAGCGCAUUUGUAAGCUUAUCUCCAAACCUAUCCAUCACGUGAAAACUGCAGAGCCAUUCGCUUCACUAUUUCCCACCACGCCUCAUCCGCCAUGGCCGCCUCCUUCCUCCGCCCUCUCCUCCCUCCCAAACCUUUCCUCUCCACUCCCAAACCACAAGUCCCCAUCACCCCCAUCGCCGCCGUAUGCUGCACCGCGGCGCCCAAACCGACGACCUCCACCCCAAAGCCUGCCCAGCAAGAGGGCAUCCAGGAGCAAGAACCCUCUCCCGAUGAGGCCGACGCCAACCCCCACCGCAUCCCCGACGACGAGACUCCGCCUUCGGCAACGGCGACCACGUCCUUCUCUGUGGUCCGGCGCGUGCCAUCGGCCAUCUCGACGGACGGCCGCCUCCGCCGGACGGCGCUGACGCAGGAGGAGCCGCCCAACUACGAGAUCGGGUGGAAGCGCACCAAGAAUCUCCCCCUGGAGAAGCCCAAGGGGUGGGCCAUCGCCGACUUUCUGGAGAAGCUGGAGGGGCUGAUGGAGCGCGGGCGGUACGGGUCGGGCGCGCUGCUGGGCACGGUGGCAGGCGUGGUGACGGAGCGCGCCCGGGAGGAGGCGGAGAUCCUGAUGGCCGAGGGCGGCGUGGACGAGCGCGUGGCGACGGAGCUCUUCCGCGUGCUGCGGCUGGUGGAGAUGGACGUGGAGAUGGUCAAAGCCGCCGUCAAGGAGGAGACCGUCAAGGAGCGCGUCGAGACGGCGCGCGCGCGGUGCCGCCAGGCCAUCCUCGUUGCGCUCUCGCUGUGACCGUGCGCGCACGCAUAGGGACGGCUGUAAUCACGUCCAAGUAUACUACUAUCACUUACUAGAAAUUUUGUUAUCAAAUGGUGCAACGAAGUCAGCCGACGAGUACUACUUUCUGGUCUACUCAAGUUGCAGCAAAUCUGAGUGUUCUGCACCGUUCAACUGUUCGCCGUUGUGUCUGCUCCCGUGAGAAGGCAGGCAGCACGGCGACAAACUCGAGCAGUCUAUGGCAAUGUCAUCCCCUGAUCGGGUCCAGGAUCCCUUCGCAGAAGAUUUGUGUUUUUUUUGUUUGCGAGUUGUAUUGACGAGACGUGGCACCAUCUUUACUGAGGGUUGUAAACGAAUCAGCAAUUGCAUUUUUUAUAUGCUAUACACAAAUAAAGCUCUGCUUAUUGCUAGGAAAAAAA